CAAAAAAAUGGUUUCAUUAGACGCCCUAACUACAACAGAAAAGGUUGCAACCCUCACAACCGCAAAUGGCCAAGCAGCCAUGGCCGUCGGUCCCGUCGUUCCCUACGCGGCCGAGUCCAACGGGGCUCAGGCUGAGACCGAUGCUCCUAGGAGGAGGAGAAUGACUAUGCUUCCCCUGGAAGUGGGGACACGUGUCUUGUGCCGAUGGCGAGAUGGAAAGUACCAUCCUGUCAAGGUCAUCGAGCGCCGUAAACUCCCUGGAGGAGGAGGCAACGAUUACGAGUACUAUGUUCACUAUAAUGAAUUCAACAGGAGACUUGAUGAAUGGGUAAAACUUGAACAACUUGAUCUUGACUCUGUAGAAACUGUUGUGGACGAAAAGAUUGAGGACAAGGUAACAAGCUUGAAGAUGACACGCCAUCAAAAGCGGAAAAUUGAUGAGACACAUGUAGAGGGCCACGAGGAGCUUGAUGCUGCUAGCUUACGUGAACAUGAAGAAUUUACAAAAGUAAAAAAUAUUGCAACGAUAGAACUUGGAAGGUACGAGAUUGAGACAUGGUACUUCUCCCCCUUUCCACCUGAAUACAAUGACUGUACCAAGCUGUUCUUCUGUGAGUUUUGCCUCAAUUUCAUGAAGCGCAAAGAACAGCUUCAGAGGCAUAUGAAGAAAUGUGAUCUCAAGCAUCCCCCCGGUGAUGAAAUUUACCGAAGUGGCACCUUGUCAAUGUUCGAGGUUGAUGGCAAAAAGAACAAGGUUUAUGGCCAGAAUCUUUGCUAUCUGGCUAAAUUGUUUCUUGAUCACAAGACCCUGUACUAUGAUGUUGACCUGUUUCUGUUCUAUGUACUAUGUGAAUGUGAUGAUCGAGGAUGUCACAUGGUUGGCUACUUCUCCAAGGAAAAACAGUCCGAGGAGUCCUAUAAUUUGGCCUGCAUUCUUACUCUUCCUCCUUAUCAGAGAAAAGGCUAUGGAAAAUUCCUAAUUGCAUUUUCAUAUGAGCUUUCAAAGAAGGAAGGUAAAGUUGGAACACCUGAAAGACCCCUUUCUGACCUUGGUCUUUUAAGUUACCGAGGAUACUGGACCCGCGUACUUCUAGAUAUUCUGAAAAGGCACAAAGGCAACAUCUCUAUUAAGGAUAUGUUGAAGUCUUUGGGGGCAACAAAAGGAUAAGGGCAAAAGCGAAAGAAAGGAGAAAAAGGGAAUAAAGGGAUUCUGAGCAAAUUUUGUUUUUGUCAAGUCUUUUAGUCCUUGAUGCUAUGUAUUAUAGUUAACAAUGUAGUUGAGCUGGGUACUGAAAUCAUAUCAAUUAUGGCAGUAGUUUAGUUGCCUAUAUCAGCUAACGCUAUUACCCCUUAAAAGUAUGUUGAGUGAUUAGUUAUUUCUGUAGAUCUAGCAAUCAACUCAACGGAGUGGUUAAAAAGGAGUCAUUGUUGACCCCCAAAUUUAUUGGUAGUCAGACUUAGUUUUUUGAUUUAUGGAUAGUUUAUUUUAGCCCAAUUGUGCUUAUUCGGAAAAUAAAGUAUUUAAAAGAUGCAUAUUUUGACUGCAUUGUCAAAACUGAUUCUCUGUCAGUGCAUGUAAACAAUGAAAGUGAUAUUGCAUGUAAACAAAUACCUGGGGAGGAAAAGUAUGAGAAUCUGUGUCUCAUUCUCUUUUCUAUAACCAGGAAAAUGAAUUGUCAACACUGGAGGAGUCGAGGAGAGAUAAUAGAAUAAAAUGUAUGAAAAAUGACAUUUCAUUUUCUUUUGUACUUUUCUAUGAGAUUCCAAGGAAAAGUAUUGUAGAAAUUGGAGGAUUCAGAGUCCGUGCAAAGCCAACUUCAUUAUUCUAAUGGGAAUUGGGAAGAUAGAGGGGGAAGAAAGGGCUGGACCAUGUGGAAACUUUUAUCUACCAAACUAUAAAUUUCUAUUUUCAUUUCGAGUCCACAAACAGAGAAGCAGAAUCCCUUUGAGCUUUCUCCUCCUACUUUUGGUUUUAGAUCAUGUUUGUUCAAGAUUUAAAAUUUGCUUUUAAAUAAAUUACUAAUUUGUUUGUUUUAAAAUAGGACGAGUUGAGUUACUUUCCAAGUAACUUUUUGGCUUGAAAAUAAGAAAAAAUGACAUCCAAACAUGCUUGGAAACUAGAAUGUUACUUAAAAGUAACUAGUAGUUAUAGUUAUACUUAGUUUAGCCGAACUUGCUUUUUUGUUAUAUCAUCUCGUUUUUGGUUAUG